GCCUAUUCUCCCCGAAACUCGCGGCGAUCUCUCCUCUCUUUUCGUUCACCGUUCUCUUGUAAAUGUCCCGGCCGUUUUCAACGUCGAACCGACCGUUUGCCCGUCGAGAAUUGUCAACGAUCUUGCACCGCCGGGGAUCAGGUUCACGUUCUGCGAUGACACCGGUUCUCAGAGUGAUUUCUGCGUGACUGAAACGCGACUCCGUACCAUGCGAACAGGCUUCACGCGUUAUGACGAGGGAUCUAGAAGUUCAGCAUCCAGCGAACGCGAGUCUUGCUUAUUCUCGGAACUCGAUUUGUUAAAUCCAAGACGUUCCUGUCAAACGUCACGAUAUCAGCAUCGCAAUAGAAAAAGAACCGAGGACAGUUCGCCGAAAUCAUUCGGGGCGUCUAGAAGGAACUCUGAUUGCUGUCGUUGCCUCGCAAACUGUGAUCGCGUCGAAACAAAAUUACUGUCUGACAAAAUAGUUCAAAACCACAGUCGUGCGUCGAGUUUCCAGCAUCGAAGGAAGCAUGAGGUAACUUUCGCCACGAAGAAGUCUUCAAGCGGUAGUGAGGAUCUUAGCGGCAGACCUUCUAGGAAACUUGGGAGGGGGAAAAGUACACCGCGAAUAAUUCGAGCGAUUCGUCAACGGAGCAAGAAAUUGGCAGAGCCGGACGAGGAUCGAUCGGAAUCGCCGCGACCCGGAAACAGCAAAAGCAGCGUUGUCGUUUUGUAUCAGGAGAAAUCAGUCGCGCCGGCUGCCUCAACUCCUGAGCCACCACCCCUCAGAGCUGUUCAGUCGGAACAAGCGGUUACGCGUCGACAGAGUCCUCAAUCCUCGCGUCAUCAGAGGUCGGAUCUGCUCGAUACUACUCCACACCGACUUCCGGUAUAUCCGAUCGAUCGAAGAAAAGCUACUUUCAGGAGACGUCGACGCUUAUCAAAGCGGCAAACACCGGUGAACGUGCACGUUUAUCAGGAACAGACUCGUUCGUUGUCAGAGGAUCGUCGUGUCGGUUCUAAAGAGGUGCAACUACCGGAACGGAGAUCCGAUCUAGCUAGAUACACGACCGAGUCCGCGAAAAAUUUGAUUAGAUCCAGAGGUGGUUCCUCCACUCGACAGGACGACGAUUCGGAUGAACCUGAUCGAGAUAGAGGAUCGAACAACCAGUGGAGACGCGACAGAAUCUUCGAGGAACGAUGCCGUCCCUCUGAUAAUUCUGUUUCGAAACUAAUGGCUCGUUCCAGUCCAGGAAAAGACGGCGAUUGCAAGCAACGGAGGAACAAAGCCUGCCCGAACUUAACCUAUCUGAUGCGUACAAGGUCGAGGGAACGAGGCGACGUUCAUCGUGCAUUUGUCAGUUUGAACGACGGUGGGACCACGAAGCGAGUGUUCCCGUUCCAGCAAACGCCAAGCGGCAAUCUGAAGAUCAUUCCCAAUCAGGUGGUGUUCGAAUCGAAGAAGGUCAGUGUGCUGGUCGCUGAUCCCAGGCACGCGAAGGUCAACGUCAAGGCCGAGCUGAAUAGAGCCGGAAACGAGCUCGGUGGACGCGUAUCCGAGUCUGCGACUCGACCGAGGCCCAUCGAUCUUCCGCUGGGUGUAUCGUCAUCGACGAUCGAUCAGCUGCAAAGUCAGAAACAUUUGCCAUCUACCGAGGACGAUUACAGGCCAACGUUACAUCCAUUUAAAGGAAACUUCAGCCAAGUGGAGACGAUGGAGCACAAGCAACAGUCAACGUCGUCAGCCACUCACGAAAUACCAGUGUUACAAGAGGUGCCACUUUCCACACUUGGAUUUACGAGCGAACAGCCGAUCGAUUGGGACAACGUAAUUCUGCCGGAGAAGACUGACCUGUAUCAGGAGUUGGCCAGGCGUAUCACAAAUUACAAGAACGCCGACUGUAUCGUGCGAAUCGAUCACGACGAGUUCCAUUGCCAUCUGCUGGUGCUGCAGAGCUACAGCAGCUUCUUCGACGAGAAGAAUUGCAAGGAGAUCGACCUGACCGAGAGUGAUGUGUCUUCGAAGGCGUUUUCGCUGAUCUACGACUGGAUGAUCAGUUCGCAGAACGAGAGCUACAGGCUUCUGCAAAGGGACAACAUUUUGGAAAUCUUCACCGCAGCCCAAUAUCUCGGAAUUAAAGAGCUAGAAGAACAAUGUUGGGCUUUCAUAGACAACGACGAAUUGUUCACCGAAGACACGGCGUUUCUACUGUAUCUGGAAGCGAAGAAAGUUGGAAACACCGCGGUCAUGGAACUGAUGGUGCCGAGAAUUAUGAAAUUUUUCCUGAUGCUGGUCAGCACGAAAGAUUUCCUCCAAUUAUCCGUGGAGGAGCUGUGCCUUUUGUUGAAGUCAAACUACAUUUGCGUCAAUAGCGAAAUGGAGGUUCUUAUGUCCGCUGUACGAUGGCUGAUGCACGAUUGGGCCAACAGAAAGCAACACAUGUUGGAAGUAUUGAAAUGCGUUCGAUUUGGAUUGAUCGCUCCGUGGCAGUUGGUAGAUGUCAAGAGAAAUCCAGAAAACCCCGAAUUUAUGGAACUGAUGUCUUCUCCCGAGGUGCAGAAGAUGGUCGACGACGGUCUAGCUUUCGUCAUUAUAAAAUAUUGGUACGGUAACCAAACGGAAGACUACUAUCACUGGAUCGACUUACUGGGGCUUACGGAGCCAACCAAUCGAAAUUGGGCUGGGGAAGACAAGAACUACGUAACGUAUCGAGAAUUUUUGCUCUACCUCGAGGAAUAUCAGAGAACGAAAAUAUCAGAGCUGAAGAUCCGAAAAAGUCGGGUGAAACCCACAACUAUCGGUUCACCUCGUAACGACUACGCAUUUACAGCUUCCAAAAUACCAAACAACUAUAUUCAAAGUUCAGGCGACACUGCUGUCAUCCACAAUGGGCCAGCAAUGUAUUCGAGGCAAUCGAAACCAGUAUCGUCGAAUUAUCUGCCGCUGCAGAUGCCAGAGGGCAUGAUGAUGCCUCCGAAAUUUAUGAACGAAUACCUGAGCAACUUGGAAAGAAGCAAAGGGAACGACGAAAGGAACGUCGCCUUCGACGCGAGAUUCACGGGUGGCGGAGAAUCGCCGAAAGUCUCAUACAGAUUGUCUGCAGUGCAGAAGUAUACGCAGGAGCGCGGCACGAAUUCACCGGACAUCGAUAAAUUGGAUUACGAGAGCCGGCAGGAAAAGAACGCGACGGAUGUUUGUCGGUGCCAGCAGCAGCGCGAGUCGAAUUUCAUAUUUUCCACGAGGAAGCAGCAGACGAGAUCCAACAUACCGAGGCAACCGGAAGAGCGUGCAGACUCCUGCAAAUCCGAGGAAGAAGCCGCCACAACGAUACAGGCCGUUUAUAGAGGAUACAAGACUCGAAGGAGACUCGACGAAAUAAGGAAAUCAACAUCGGGGGAGAAUCGCAAUAUCAAGAAGGUGGCGGAACUUUUGGCCAUCCCAAUGGACGAAACAAUACGUAAUUUCUCGAUAGAGCCUAUCAGGGUAUCAGGCAGCUCGAUGAAUCAAAUGAGAAACGAGAAGGACGAAACAAUACGCAUGUUGAGAUGUUCUCCUAGAAAUAGGAAUAGGGAGCAAUCGAUCUUUCGAACUCAAAACCAACGUUGCGUCGAUGAUCGGGUGAAUCAAUUUGAGACACGCGCUCUUUGUUACACGACAGAAGAACAACGAAGGCAACAAAUUCCACAAAACUUAACAAGCCAACGAGACCCAUUGAAAUCUAUCAAGACUAUAAAAUCACCCAUGUUUUUUUCAAAUUACGACGAGAAAACCAGCUCGCCAUCAGAUACAGAUACGGACGAUCCUAUCUCUCCACGAACUGAUGCAAAAUCGACGACGAUAAAUCUCGCUGACGUUGUGAUUAAUGAGAAAAACAACGAGGAGGAUUACCCAAGAAGUGACAAUAUUCAGCGAGUGAAACCUGCCACUAGGAAUGUUCAGAUUCGAUCUACGAAUUAUAAACGAGCUCUCCCGCAAAGGAUCAGCAAUAGCAUAAUAGCCACCAACGAAGACGACUACUUUUUCGACAACUCUCUGUUCUUUCCUGACAGAGAGUCGAUCCUCGUGUUCGGUGGAGUCGAUCCUCACGAGGAAUACGGUCGUCCCGGGAACACCGGCAAAGACAUAUACAGGUUCAAACCCGACGAGAAUAUUUGGGAAUUUGUGGAUGAAAUUCCACGGGCGAGACAUCAUCAUUCGGUCGCUUAUCUAAAAGGCCGUAUUUACGUAGUGGGUGGAGCCGAUCCCGUGGAAGACAAACUCCACAGGAAAAGCAUUGCGGCUGCAAGCGUUUGGAGUUACGAUCCAACUACCAGGACUUGGUUCAAUGAACCUGGCAUGCUGACAGCUAGAAAGGACUUUGGAUUGGUGGUCAGCCACGGGAAAAUGUACGCGAUAGGAGGGCAAGGCAGGAACGGGACAGCUUUGAAAACAAUGGAGGCUUUCGACCCAACGGAUUCCACGUGGAGGGAAGUGCAAUCGAUGCAGACUGCAAGGAUCGGACCUGCCAGCGUGAAAUAUCGAGAUCUUAUCUGGGUCGCUGGCGGGAUGACAAAAUCGAAAAAAGAGCUAUUCUUAAAGGACGUCGAAUGCUACGACCCGAUCAAAAAUUUAUGGCUAAAAGCGAUAGCUUUGAGGUUACCAAGGUGCUUUGCCUCCUUCUACGUGGUGUCCGACUGUCUUUACAUAAUCGGCGGAGCAUCGACUAUGGAAAACGCCACUCGGAGCAUCGACAGCAUCGACAUGUGGGAUGUAAACGAUUGCAUUUGGAAGGAACAUGCGAACAUGUCGAUCGCAAGACACGGUCACUCUACAGGCUCGAUAGGUGAUCAACUGUUGAUAAUUGGAGGAGUAACCACAGUGCUCAUGAAAACCUUGAACAGUGUCGAAUGUUACUGUUGCGACAUGGGGAAAUGGAUGAAGGGAGUUUCCGCGCUGCCACAUCCGGUUUCCGGUCACGGAACCGUGUCUUUACCGCCAGCAAAUCUUUUGAUAAAUCGUUGAUAACUGUGAAAUAAAACGCAUCGAGUUUCCUUAAGUGCUGUGUUUGAUAAUCGGCGCAUUAAGCGUUUGUUCGACCAUUAAUACAUUUGUACUUAAUCGUUUUUUAAUUAUAUAUAUAUACAUAUAUCGUACUUUCUACAAAUGUUGCCUUGCAAUUUACACGUGUUUACACGAGUCCCUUACUCUCACGAUAAAUAUCGCAAAGGAAACAAUGUCUGAGAAGUUACCUUUGUUU